UGUGGAUGAUUUAGAAAAGGAAAAGUUGGUCUCCUACAACAUUCAUAAUAAAGAGUUUAGAGACCUUGACGUUGAUGGAUGCAGACAGGAUGGAUUGUCCUACGUUGGAGCCUAAGUGCCCAGUCUGGUUUCGAUACUGGAAAAAUGCAAGCUCAAAUAGAGAAAUGGAGGGGUUUUCUUGCUAUCUACCGGUAGAGAUUGUGGAACAAAUUAUGCUGUGGCUGCCUCCCAAGUCUUUGAUGCGAUUCAAGUGCGUGAGUAAGUCUUGGUGUUCCCUUAUCAAUGGUUGUAUCAAAGAUCCAGAAUUUGUGGCAAAGCACCUUCACAACACCAACAAAGACAUAACUUCUAGAACACGCCACAUUGUUUAUUUGUAUGGAUUUUCCUACUUUAAGAAUAUGUACUCAUUGCUUAGUACGUACAAUGAGUGUGAUGAUGGUGAAAAAGAAACCAUAAAGUUUGACGCCGAGUUUUUGAAUUUAUCGAAUUUUUUGAAUGGUGAGAGGUUUGCCUUUCCUGAGUAUUAUCAUUGUAAUGGCAUAAUCUGCCUUGAUGGUUCUAAGGGGGACAUGCUGCUGUGCAAUCCGGCAUUGCGUGAGUAUCUGCUUGUGACAUCAGGUAGUGCAAGCUUAGGAAUCGGAUUUGAUACUGAUUUGAGCAAAGGAAAAGGAUUUGGCUAUGAUUCGAGAACUGACGAAUACAAGGUUGUUAGUAUUUUAGAUUUCAUUGAUGAUAUUGAUGGACCAAAAAGACAAACUUGUCUGGCUGAGGUAACCACCCUUGGUUCUGGUAUUUGGCGAACGAUUGAGAUGCCUAUACAUGGUUUUUCAUCACGAUCACUCUACAGUCAUACAUACUGCAGGGGAGUGUUUUAUUGGAUGACAUCUUCUACCGAGGGUAUGAUCCUUUCGUUCAACAUGUGUGAUGAAGUAUUUCGUUGCAUAGAACCUCCAAAUGAUGUUUUCUUAUCUGAUGGAUCACAUUGGUGGACUACUAAGCUCAUGGUGUGGAAUGACUCUCUUGUCUUAUUGUUUGAUAAUUGUCCUUGCGGGCAGGGGACCGAACCAAGAUCCAUUGAUAUGUGGGUGAUGAAUGACAACAAUGGCAGUGGCAAAAAAGGUUCGCGUUCAUGGAUCAAAUAUCUUACGAUAGAAAACCUAAAUGACAUUCUUAUGCCGUUGACAUUUUGGAAGAAUGAUGAGCUCCUUUUUAAGGAUUUAGGUCAAGUAAAGGUGGUCUCCUACAACAUCCAAAAGAAAGAGUUUAGAGACCUUGACAUUGAUGGACAGAGUCAGAGUAGAUUGUCCUUUGUGGGAACCCAUGUUCCCAGUUUGGUUUCGAUAAGGGAAAAUUGCAAGCUCAAAUUUAGGUAAUAUAUAUUUUUUAUAUCUACAAGUAAAAGAAGCAUCAAAGCAGUAUGUAUUAGUCUAUUGACUAGGAAUUCAGAGAUUCUAGGAGACUUUCUUAUCUCAGUUUGGGAUUAGUUU